UAGAAAAGCCACCUUCGAUAUUUUUCCUGCUCAAGGCAACCCGACCCCUCCCCAGGCAACUUCAUUCUGGCCGUUGGCAGUCAUGAGUUGUUACGUUAGCUUUUCUCCUCCUCCUCCUCCUCCUCCUUCUCCUCGUAUACUAGUCCAAGUCAAACUCGUGUCUCUUCAUACCCAUACGGAUCUUUAACUCCUUGGAGACUUCUUCGCAUCCUGGCUACUUCCACAAACCAUACACUCUCCUCCUCCAAACUCGCUCUUCCUCGUAACAGAUUAAACCACAAUAAUAUAUGAUCCGUCCUGCACAAACACAAACCCUAAUUUCUUACUAUAUAUUAUCUUCAAUAUUUUGUUACUUCUUCUCAUCUCUCUUCUCUAUCUAUAUAUAUUUCAAUCUAGUCUUCUUCUUCAUCAUUCAUUUCUAUAUAUAUAUAUAUAUAUAUGGCAGCAGCAACACAGAACACAGUACUAGUAUGUUUCUCCUUUGCUGCCUAUGCCAAGACCUUAUUAGACCACCUCAAAUCACUCAACAUCCCAAUCCUCCCUGGCCUCACAGACUCUGAAUUCACCUCUAUCGAAUCCACCUUCCAUUUCACUUUCCCGCCUGACCUUCGGUCCAUUCUCCAAGAAGGACUCCCCAUCGGACCUCACUUCCCUAACUGGCGUUCCUCCUCUUUGCAACAACUCCAAAUCCUCUUAAACCUUCCUUCCUUGAACCUCUCUAAGAAUAUCUCUCUAAACAACUUCUGGGUUGAUUCUUGGGGUCAUAAACCUCAAGAUACCAACAAAGCCCUAGAUUUUGCAAAACAGUUCUUGGAUAAAGCACCAGUUCUUGUGCCUAUUUAUAGAAACUGUUAUAUUCCUUCUUCCCCUAACGUGUCCGGUAACCCCGUCUUUCACGUUGAUGAUGAACAAGUGUGUGUUUUGAGCUUUGAUGUUACUAGGUUUUUUCAACAAGUUGAUUUCUCGCAAAUGGGGUUUCCUAUACGUUUGUCAAGAAACGAAAAUGUAUCCAUGAAUGUGCCUGCGUGGGCAGCGACAGAGGCCCGGAAGAUAGAAUUUUGGACGGAGGUGGCGGAGAGAGGGAGGAGAGUGGUGUCACGUGGAGAGACUUCUGGGUGGUGGAAAGAUGUUGGUGGGGGUUCAGAUCAUUUUGAAUUAAGGGAAUGCUUGGAAGAGGUGUUUCGGAGGUUGAGAGAUGGAGGGUGGAGAGAAGAGGAGGUGAGAGAGAUGAUGAACGGCUGUGAUCAGGGGAUCAAGGAGACUGGUGGUGGUUGUGGGACCACAAAGUUUGAUAAAGAGGAUGUGUUCUGGCACGGUAGGAUGUGGUCAAUUGUGUUGUUGCGUGCGGGACGGAACAUGGAAGAAGUUGUGCACUUGCUUGAUCUUGAAGAAUUACAACUUCCAAACAGCUGUUCCAGAGAGGAUGGUGAUCAUAAAAAAAACAGUGUCAAGCAGUUAAUGAAGCUGAGAUCUCUGGAAGUUUGAUCAUGAUUUCGAGGGUCCCACGUUCCUGGAUGCCUGCAAUUUUGAUAAUUUGUUUUCUAUAUUUUUAGCUCAGAGUUUCAAGACCUCCAUGUAAUUAUUAGUUGCUAAUACAUUCUUGAUAGUAA